ACCUGAUGAUAAAAUUAAAGUACUAACGUUACGCCAAAUAUUUUGUAAAUUGGAUGCAGUGACUACAGAUUUAUCUGUAGUCACUGUUGGAUGUUUUGAAUAACUUUUGGAUAAAAAAAAUUAAUGGAAGAUUACUUUGAAACUGCAAAUAAAAUGAAAGAACGAGAUAAAUUUCUGACAACUGGUUGUUCAAAAUUGGAUAAAUUACUCGAAGGUGGUAUUACUACACGCGGGAUUACACAAAUUUAUGGAGCUGCCAGUACAGGAAAAACUCAAUUGGCCUUGCAAUUAUGUUUAACGGUACAACUUCCUGAAACAGAGGGUGGUUUUGCUGCUGGUGCUGUGUACAUAUGUACUGAAUCUAUAUUUCCAUCAAGAAGAUUACAGGAAUUGAUACAAAAGUUAGAUGUUACUAAGAAGUAUGGAAUAAAUGGUGAUUUAAUAUUUGUGGAACAUAUCUCAACUAUUGAUGAAUUAGAGACAUGUUUACUACAUAGGAUUCCAAUAUUAAUGUCUGUAAAAAAAAUAGGAUUAAUAGUUAUAGACUCAAUUGCUGCACCAUAUAGAGUAGAAGAUUGGAAAGAUGAAUCUAAUAAUAGAUCAAAGAGCUUAAGAACAAUUGGACAACAAUUACACAAAUUGUGUAAAUACAAUAUUUGUAUAGUUUGUAUUAAUCAAGUAACAGCAGUUAUUCACAAUAAUUUGUUGGAUAAUAAUGUUAAUGAGAGACCAGCUUUAGGAACAACUUGGUUAAGCAUGAUAACUAAUUCCAUAUACUUCUAUAGAAUAAAUUCUCUUAGAUAUGCAUGUGUUAAAUUAUCAUCAAAUUUACCAGAAAUAACUAUUUCAUUUGAAAUACAAGGAUCUGGAGUUAAAGCAGUAUCUUAAAUAAAGUAAAAUGCAAACGCUCAA